AUGUCAUCUCAAAACAACAAGUGGAUCUUUAGCAAUCCCUUGACAAUCAGUCACCCAGAUCCCCGUUGGAGAGCAGCAUUCGUUACAUUUGUUGAUGGUGAACGAAGUGCCCUCACCAAGCUACGCCAGACGAUUCGUAAUCUCGAAGACAAUUUCAACCAUGCCCAUGGUUACCCAUACAUCAUCUUUAGCCAUGAAGCUCUAUCAGAUGAGUACAAGGAACUUGCCAGUUCUCUUGCCAGUGGAAACGUUACAUUUGAACAUCUUGGCUCAGAUAUGUAUGGCUAUUCAAACACUACCGACCGCACCAAGGCUGCCAAGGCCAGAGUGGAUAUGAAGGAUGUCAUGUUUGGUGAGAGCGAGGAUUAUCGUUUCCAAUCUCGGUUCAUGGCUGGUCUUAUUUUCAGACAUCCCGCACUUAAAGAGCUGGAUUAUUAUUGGAGAUUUGAACCUGGAACCGAGUACGUUUGUCCCAUUGAUUUUGACCCUUUCCAAUACAUGCACGCAAACAAAAAGAAGUUUUCGUUCUCAAUGGCUUUAUACGAAUACCAUGAGGUGAUGCCAACUUUGUAUGACACAACUCUCAAAUUUGCCCAAGAGCACCUCAAGUGGAUCCAGCCUAUCGAAAGCAAAAAUAGUUUGUGGGACUUUAUUCUCGAUGCUGAUUCCAAAGACUUUAACCGAUGUCACUUUUGGAGCAAUUUUCAGAUUGCCGAUUUGAGCUUCUACCGCAGUGAACAGUUCCAGACCUUUUUCAAUUAUAUUGAUGAGUCGGGCGGGUUCUUUUAUGAGAGAUGGGGAGAUCCGGUUAUUCAUACUUUGGCUGCUGUCAUGUUCUUAAAGAAAGAGGAGGUUCACUUUUGGGAGGAUGUCGGUUACCGUGUAGCCAACUACUUUACCCACUGUCCUGCAGAUAAGAAACUCUACUCAAGAUGUUCCUGCCGCCCGGAUAAGAACUUUGAUUACGAUGGUUAUAGCUGUUUGCGUUUCUUUAAAAAGCCCACCUUAGAAGAGCUUUAA